CGCGUAAUGCUUAUUGCACAACUUGCUAUGGUGGGACUAGGAAUCGGAUGCUCUUUUUCCACGAAUCUCAUCAUGUUCUCAGCUCUCAGGUUUGCAAUCGCAUGUUGCGUGAUUGCUUCGUGGGAAGCAUCAUUUGUGUACAUGAUCGAAGUAAUUGGAAAUAAGUGGAGAACGAACACCUGUAGGAAUAAGUAUUCAAGGAGUGUUUGCUGUUGGAUACAUAUUAUUAUCCGUAAUGUCAUAUUACUUGAGGGAAUGGCGCAGUUUACAACUUGGCGUUGCCGUGGCGUCAUGUGUGUUUCCAAUACUUUGGAUUUUUCUUCCCGAAUCUCCAAGAUGGCUCUUAUCAAAGGGAGAAGUUGAGAAAGGCAUGAAAAUUUCCGAUACAAUUGCAAGGAGGAACGGGAGAAAAUUGCCUGAUGACAUCUGGAAUCAAGCACUGAUAAAAGAUGGAAAUGAGAUGACUGAAGCUCAUAUUUAUCCGCACGAGUUGUUUAAGCGAAGAUUAAUGAAAUUAAUAACGUUGAGGAUGAUGUUUAUAUGGUUCGUCUGUUCAUUGGUUUAUUAUGGACUGUCUCUAAACGUUGGAAGUUUGGCAGGUGAUACCAGAAUCAACAAUGCACUCGGUGGUUUAUGUGAAAUUUUGUCGUGUCCUCUUGCUAUAUUCACGAUUGAUCGUUUUGGUAGAAGACCAGUAUUAUUCAUCAUAUUAAUCGCAGCUGGAUUCGCAUGUAUAUUUUCAACCGCUGCUAAUUAUUUUUCGUCGGCUGACUCAGCUCUUGGAGUAGUUGGCACGAUAUUUGCCUUAUUAGGAAAACUCGGAAUCUCAUCUGCUUUUGCAAUCAUAUAUAAUUAUACAGCAGAGCUCUUCCCGACCGUUUUGAGAGCUACUGCCGUCGGUACAGGAUCAAUGUCAGCAAGAUUAGGAGGAAUAUGUUCACCGUUAGUGAUUUUGAUACAAUAUUCACUACCGUGGCUUCCUGGAGUCUUAUUUGGUGCUUUGUCCCUGUUAGCUGCAGCAAUGUGUUUAUACUUACCCGAAACAAAAGACGCCCAAUUAACCACCACAUUAGAAGACGCAGAAAUAUUUUACGCCAAAGCCAGAAAUCUCGCCAAUCCUAAAAAAUCGAAUAACGAUUGUCAUGAAAUGGAGAAGCUGGAUGAAAACUUGAUGUAGCUGUGACUGAUUGCUCAACAGAUUUGAAGAUAACACCAUAAUUAACCUCACGAAGAAUUAAACCUAAAUUCCUCAUUGAUGUAGCUGCUUGCCAACAUAAAGUUGUUGAAUGAAUCGUCAUCCGUUUCACUGGUAUUUGGUAAAAAAAGUUAUAGUAGAUAGUUUAAACAACAAACUGAAAAUAAUUAUUUGGUCCAGUCAAUAUUCGAAGAUACAGAUCGUAUUCACCAUAAAAUGUACAUACAGUUAUGGACAACUCCAUGCAGUAACCCUUGACGUAAUGGCAUGUAAGUAGUAAAUAUUAAUAACUAUUCAACUCUUAAUAGCACAAUGGAUACAUCAAAUGUUCGUGUGAAUAUUUCUUGAAAUGUAUGUGUCGUUAAAUUAUAAACAAUUUUUUUUUGUGUUUCCCGAAGAUAUAAAAGAUGAAUAAAAAUAUCUAAUUGUGAA